ACAAGACGGCCUUUGCGGCACAACUCUUGUCGUCACACUUGAAUUUACAAGGGCACCGCAGUCGCGAAUCAUGCUCGAAGCGUUGCUUCUGAGCUUCGUCGUCGCGUUUGCUGCGUGGUUCAUCAUACAACGUAAGAGACGGCUGUCGUUUUUUAAAGACCUCGGAAUCCCAGGACCUGCUCCUAGUUUUCUUUCGGGAAACCUGUCUGAACUUAUACAAAAGGGAACACUGCUUAAAUACAAGGAAUGGCUGGACAAAUACGGAGACAUUGUAGGUUUCUACAACGGCGCUCACCCGUUCCUUAUCGUGAAAGACCCUGAGCUAAUCAAGAAGAUCCAGAUAAAAGACUUCCACAAUUUUCAUAGCCGAGGGAUUUCAUCAGGCUUCGCGCGCAGUCACCCGAUCAACAAAGACAGCAUGGUAAACGCUCAGGGCGAGCGCUGGAAAAGAAUCCGCAGCCUUGUCACACCGGCGUUUACGACGAGCAACAUGAAGAAGAUGGCGAGCCUCAUGGACGACAGCUCCAACGAGUUCCUCCAAGUCCUCGAGUCACUGCAGACCAAGCGUGAAGCGCUUGAGUUCCGCGAGCUCUUCCAGAGGCUGACGGCUGACGUCAUCAUUCGAUCAGCGUUCGGUCUCAAAUCCGACCUACAGCAGAAGGACCGAAAGAAGAGCACAACAGAGGCACUGUUUCGGGAAACGUUGGACAGCUUGCAACAGUUUCGUCGUGCUUGGAUUAAUUUCCUUACUGCUUGCUUUCCAGAGUUUACUCCUUUGUGGAGGUUGAUCAUAUCGUUCUUUUCACGGCACAACAAGACAGCGGCAGACAAGAGCUUUGACGAGAUCACACCCAUCAUACAAUUUCGUCGGGAAAACCGCGAGAAAGAUAGAUGCGACCUUCUGCAGCUGAUGCUCAACGCUGAAGUGGAGGAUGCACACCUUGUCAACGUGCAUUCGCUCACGGCAUCCGGCGAUGCUGAUAACGCAUCUGAAGGGUGCCAGCCUGAGAAAGUAAAGGAAGGUGGGAGAAAGUGUGUUCUCACAAAUACGGAAAUCCUAGCGAAUGGCUUCAGUUUCUUCGUAGCGGGGUUCGAGACGACAGGCUCAACGAUGGCAUACCUGUCAUAUCUUCUCGCAAAACACCAAGAUAUUCAGGAUCGACUCAGAGAUGACGUCCUUGCCGUCCUGAAGAGAGACGGAGCGUUCACAUAUGACAAUGUCUUCGGCAUCAAAUACCUGGACCAAGUUAUAUCAGAAUCGCUUCGCUUUUACUCACCGGUGGUAGGGUUCACGACAAGAAGAUGCGCUCGGGACUAUGCGCACAAAGGUAUAACAAUACCUGCUGGAACAAGCAUCGUUAUUCCCAACCACCACCUGAGUCACGACCCAAAUUUCUGGGAGCAACCCGAAGUCUUCGACCCUGAAAGAUUCAGUCCUGAAAACAAAGGCCAUGUCGAUCCCGUGGUGUACCAGCCUUUCGGUCAAGGCCCUCGCAACUGCGUCGGCAUGCGAUUUGCCCAGCUUGAGAUGAAACUAACCAUGGCCAAAUUACUGGCAAAAUACAAGCUUCUUCUGGAUGACCGUCACAUUAAGGAAAACGACUUGGAGCUCGAAUCCACCUUCAUCUUCGCGAUGCCCAAGAAUGGCAUAUGGCUCAAGGUCGAAAAAGUUGUCUGAUCAGAUCAAGAUUCUCCACAGGCUUGCAGCGGUAUUCGGCGCAUGUUUUACAACAGUGGCGUUUUCUAUAACAUGGCGCCUACUUUACGAUAUCAACAAUAAUAAUAUUUGUUGGGGUUUAUAACGAGGUGUGAUAUCAGAUUGGUAUGUCAUGCUAAGGAAGAGAGCG